AUUGUGUCAAUGUGCUUCUCUUUACUCAACAAACAAAACAAAGGGAAGUGGAGAGAAGAUAAUGUUGGCCCGGAUAUUCUUCUACCCCACGCUGGGCACAAACAUCUUGAUGACCUACGUCACGUCAAGGCAGUGGUAUAACCGGAUUGAUGACACUGUCCUGGUGGGUGCUCUGCCGUUCAAGUCGGUGACCAAACAGCUUAUUGAUGAGGAGAAUGUCAAGGCAAUGGUGACAAUGAAUGAGGACUAUGAGCUGAAGUACUUCACCUACAACAAAGAGGAGUUGUCUGACCUUGGCGUGGAGCAGCUGCGUCUGCAGGUGACGGACUUGACCGGCACGCCAAGCCAGGAGAAUAUCUCCACGGCGGUGGACUUCAUCAUGUCUCACCGACAACGAGGUCACUCGGUCUAUGUCCACUGCAAGGCCGGGCGCACCCGCAGCGUGACCAUAGCUGUGUGCUACCUCAUGCAGCUACACAACUGGAGCCCGGAGGAGUCGCUGGCCUUUGUCAAGGGCAGACGCCCUCAUGUGUGGCUGAGGAAGAAGCAGCUGGCCUCAGUACAGGGUUAUUAUGACAGUCAUAUCAUGUCUUGAUGGGGACCGGAUUGAGCUGGUAGUUGGUAGUGCAGUAAAGCGAACAGUUGAACCGGACCUAGAUGACCGAGUUAUUGCGACAGUCAUAUCACACCUUGAUGGGGACCAGGUUGAGUCGGUAGUGCCAUAAAACGUACAGUCGAACCUGUCCGAGAUGACAGGGUUAUUACAAUCUAUUAUCUAUAGUCAUAUCAUAUCUUGAUGGGGACCAGAUUGAGUCGGGAGUGCCAUAGCAAGCAGAUUUUCAGAUCCCAUUUUUUUUUCCUUUUAUUUGUGUCUUUUUUGUAUUUAAAACAUAAACAUAGAGACACUUGUACAUAACGAAAAGAUUUCUGCAUCCCAUCGAUUUCAUGUGUGUGCUAGAUACAUUUUUUUAAACGGAGUGGCUACUCGCCCGACGUCGGGCGACGCUACUGGCCCGACAUCGGGCAAGUAGCACCGGCCUUUUUUUUUUACUUCAAAGAAACAAGUGGGAAGUGAUUGUCUUGGACAGGUAUUCAUCAGAGCAGGUUUGACUGUACUCAAACCAACAAACUCAUCUUGAUGUCAAUGUGGUUAGUGGCAUAAGAAGUUCUUCGUCACUUGAUACGAUGACUGUUUCACCAGAUCUACUGGAAUCUUUUGUCAUCUUAAGGGCAGCUGUUGAAAUUUGAUUCUGGAUCAAAUUAUGAAACUUGAGUUGUUUCUUGAUUAGUGAAGUUUAGCCACUUCUGUGUAUAAAAAUAGCCAGUGCAUUGUUAUGUUUGUCAUCUCAUUAAAUCAAAAUGUGUUGUCAGUAUCUGCAGUCAGAGGCAGCAGCGACAUGUUUGCAACUAUUAUUGGAAAUAAACAAACUUCAUAAUUGAA